GACACACUCCAAAGUCGGAACGCCGGUCCACAAGCGAACGCAGAGCUUCCGAGAAAGUAACAGCCAGCUUGGCCGUGCGUAAGAAAGAGCGUGGUAUUCGACUGCUGCUGAAAAUAUCAGUCGGUUGAACAACUACAACGAGCCCAAGGGCGAAUCUGCGAUGGAGGCAACAGUCCCAUUCAAGAAUCUCCAUAGCAGAGAAUAUCAGGGCCACAAGAAAAAGGUGCAUUCCGUCGCGUGGAACUGCUCAGGCACGAAGCUUGCCUCCGGUUCGGUCGAUCAGACUGCUCGAGUUUGGCACAUUGAGCCACACGGUCACGGUAAGGUUAAAGAUGUUGAAUUAAAGGGGCAUACUGAUAGUGUAGAUCAGUUAUGUUGGGAUCCCAAACAUGCUGAUCUGAUUGCAACUGCGUCAGGCGACAAGACAGUUCGUCUGUGGGACGCUCGGAGUGGAAAAUGCUCACAGCAGACAGAACUCAGUGGGGAGAAUAUAAAUAUCACCUACAAGCCUGAUGGGACACACAUAGCUGUUGGUAACAGGGAUGAUGAACUAACAAUAUUGGACGUGCGAAAAUUUAAGGCAAUCCAUAAGCGCAAGUUCAGUUAUGAGGUGAAUGAGAUUGCUUGGAACAUGACAGGAGAGAUGUUCUUUUUGACAACUGGAAAUGGAACAGUUGAAGUUUUAGCAUACCCAACUCUGAGACCACUUGACACUGUUAUGGCCCAUACAGCUGGUUGCUAUUGCAUUGCAAUUGACCCAAUGGGAAGAUAUUUUGCUGUUGGAAGUGCUGAUUCCUUAGUAAGUCUAUGGGAUAUCUCAGAGAUGCUUUGUGUGCGAACAUUUACAAAACUUGAAUGGCCUGUGAGGACAAUAAGCUUCAAUCAUACAGGAGAGUAUAUUGCUUCUGCCAGCGAGGACUUAUUCAUUGAUAUAUCGAAUGUUCAGACUGGACGAACCGUGCAUCAGAUUCCAUGUCGGGCUGCCAUGAACAGUGUGGAAUGGAAUCCCAAACACAAUUUACUUGCAUAUGCUGGAGAUGACAAGAACAAAUAUCAGGCUGAUGAAGGUGUUUUCCGAAUAUUUGGGUUUGAAAGCACUUGAGAUGCAGCAGAGACCCAUAGCAUUUGCAGCUGAGCAACGUGUUUGGAAGACAAUCGUUUGGAGAGGGAUAAUAAGUUACUGUUUUUAAUUUGUAGAAAGGAUUUUUCACUGGCUAUCUGUGAUCCAAUGGAUCGACAGGCGGAACAUUCCAUGUUUUUAAGUAUCGUCUCCAUGGAUGGGCUUUACAAUUUCUCCCUGGCUGUUCGCGGCGGCAGAGACUUCAUUUUUUCCCAAAUCAACUUUUCCUCUGAACUUAUUGCUUUUUAAGUUUUAUUUUGUAGGAAAUGGGCUAUUGUAAUCCAAUAUAAUAUAACCCCAUGGAUUGGCCGUCGGUGACGGUGGGGAGUGUGUAUAUAUCUAUAUGCUUAAUAUAUGAUUUAUGAUUUUAAAA